CUGAAUUAAUAUAUUAAAUUGUAAAUAGUAAUGGGGCAAACUGAAUCCCUUUCUUCUUUAAAUGCAGAGUAUGAUCUUCAGAAAGAUCCGGUUAUUAGGCCUGAAUGCAAGCAUAAGGCUAAGUAUUUCAAGGUUAUUAUUGAAAAGGGAAUGGUCGAGAAGAUAUCUAUUGAUGAUCCUGACCUGACAGUCGGUUGGCUCCUGAGUGAGGUCAGUCGUAAGUAUAAUGAUAAUUUGAGUAAGAAAGGAAAAACUAAAGUUAAGAAGGAAAUAGUUGGAAUAAAGUGUGCUAUGUUUUAUCCAACCCUUGAUAGUUAUCUCCAAAAGCUAGACAAUGUUCUAGCCCCUAUCAGACACAAGACUACCUUUGUCAUACAUUUUGCACAAUUGAGCCAUCACCAAGAAAGCUUUAUCAACAGAGCAAGGAUCGGACCUGAUGAUUUUCAGUACCUGAAGGUCAUUGGAAGAGGCUCUUAUUCACAUGUAGUAGUUUCUAGAAAAAGAGACUCUGGGAAGCUAUAUGCUAUCAAAAUCAUCAAAAAGAAGCUAUUCAAGGAGGUUGGGAAGGAGACGUUUAUCUCAGAAUCUGAGAUAAAUAAAAAGUUUCAAGACACUCCGUUUGUCAUAGAUACAUAUUAUGCAUUCCAAACUGAAGAAGAGAUGUUCUUGGUCAUGGAACUUUGACCAGGAGGGACACUUUUUGAAUUUCUUAAGAGACUCCCAGGAGCUAAUCUGGUCAAUCUUGAUAUUGUGAGGUUUUAUAUCGCUGAAAUUAUCAUUUCUCUUGAAUUUGUGCAUGCUCAGAAUGUUAUGUAUAGGGACCUUAAGCCAGAAAAUAUACUGAUUGAUAUAGAAGGGCAUAUAAAACUGUCUGAUUUUGGCUUAUCAAAAGAGCUUGAGACUAGAAACCAAAUGAGCGAGACUUUUUGAGGAUCACCUGAAUACCUUGCUCCUGAGAUGGUCUUUGGACAAAAACAUACACGCACAUUAGAUUUCUAUACUCUUGGCUGUCUCGCAUAUGAAAUUAUGUUUGGAUAUCCACCAUUCUAUAGCGAAAAUCAUCAUGAUCUGAGUCAAAAACUUUUGAAUGAGGAAGUAUAUUUUCCAAAGCAAGUAGACAAAGGAGCUAAAGAUUUGAUAAAAUGGCUACUUGAGAAAGAUCCAGAAUCCAGACCAUCUGAAUUUAGUGAAGUUAAAAAUCAUCCUUUCUUUGAGAAAGUUCACUGGGGAAAGCUUGCUCGGAGAGAGGUUGCUCCUCCAUUUGUCCCUGAUUUGUACAAAGUUAAUUUUGAGAGAUGCUUUUUGGAAGUUCCAAUAAGCCAAGCUUUGAACUUCAAGUCUCUUGUUGAAGAAAGAAAAGGGAAUGAUAAAACCAUAACAGACAAAAAUGCUUCGAACAGGAACACUAAUUAUAAGAACUAUGCUAAAUCUGUCAAACUUGGACGACUCUCGAGGAAUGUAGACAAUGAACUUUCGAUUACUGUACAAAAGGAAAAUGAUCCUGACUGGAUAGAGGAAUUUAACUUUGAGGUUCACCCUGAGUCAGAAAUUAUAAUCAGGAAGCAGCUCAAUCUUGCAAUGAAGGAGAAUCUCUAUCCUCGAUGCGAAUCAGCAAUCCCGCUCCAAACCUACUAUACUGGAAAUUGAGAGGAAUUUGACGAUGAAGUGACGAAUAACGAUUCGUGAAUCAUUUUGAAACGAAAUAUAAACUUCAAAUUUAAAGAAUUCAAUGAGGAAAAUGAUAUAUUUUUCCAAGAGACACGAUACAACUCGAUCCUCACCAACAAAACUCAAAAGUCUAAGAAUGAGCCCAGGAAAUGAAGUUCUUCCAAUAAGAACUUUGUGAAGGCCAACAAAAAUAGCAAUAUAAUGGCAAAGAAAUUGAAAAAGAAGAGAAGCGCUGGAAGAUAG